GGCUUCCUUGAGGUGUAAGUUAGACUGUAAGCAAUUUCUCGCAGCUGUUAUGUGAGGAAGAGUAAUAUUGACAAAAAGAUUCCCCCCACCCCCCAUUCACAAUGAUCAGCAAGACAAAAUGGCAGCAUGUGCAUUUGACUGGGUAAGAAGAUAAUGCUGUUACAGAAUGAAAAAAACAGACAUGAUUACAGUGUAUAAAUUUUUUGCAUUAAUAUUUUCUUUACCACGAUAACUGUUAGACAUAAAAAAUUAAUUUAUUAAAACUUUGAUGAUUGAGACAUUUGUUUACUGAGUAGUAAUAGCAUGGAAUCAUAUUAUAAUAAAGGAUAUUGAAAUUAGUGAUGCUGGUAGCAGAUAUUUGUGGGUAUUGGAAAGAUAUCGUAGAUGAAUUCAUAAGUUGAAUACUUGUAAAGUUACCAUUUUAUUAGCAGAAAGAGUAAAUAGUGCUUGCUUAAAAUUAACUAGUUUUUGAAGAAUAUUUGUAACUAUGAAGUUAUCAAAAAGAAGUGCCAAAUUUUUAAAACUAUGCUUAUUUAUAUGCUUAUGUGGAAGUAUUUUUUAUGGAUUCAUUUUGAUGAACAAAGCUCAAGAUUUGCAAGACUUGACAGGCUAUAGAAGAAGUUACAUUCAAUACCCUGGAAAACUUCAACUUGAAAUCCUCCCUCGCAACAUUGUACCUGCAUUUGUUCAGCGUUUAAAACAAGUCAACACUGUGUCUACAAAAUCUAUCUUAAACCAGUCUAAAACAGUGUCAGAGACUGAGGUAAAAAAUGAGAUGCCAAUUAUAAGAAAACCUGAGCAUAGAAAUUCACUGAAAACAAAUUUUUCUGUGGAGUUAUUGCAACUACAAACAGAAACAGGACCUCCAAAUUAUAAUGUACAUGCUUUUUACUACCCAUGGUACGGUUCCCCUGAACAUGAUGGACAGUACCUACACUGGAAUCAUCCAUAUAUACGUCAUUGGAACAAGAAAGAAGCGCAGAAAUGGCCAAAUUACACACACAUGCCUCCAGAUGAUGUUGGGUCCAACUUUUAUCCUUUGUUAGGAGCGUAUAGUUCUAGAGAUGCUGAGAUUAUAGAUUAUCAUAUGCAGAUGAUGAAAUAUGCUAGGAUUGGUGUAGUUGUAGUUUCCUGGUACCCUCCAGGUGACUCGGAUAAUAAAGGCUCUGCCACAGGACCAGAUUCAUUGAUGCUGACACUGUUAGAUGCAGCUGAAAAGUAUCAGUUAAAGAUUGCAAUUCAUGUAGAGCCGUACAGUGGAAGAAAUCAUGUGACAAUGAAGAAAAACUUGGAAUACAUUAUCAGGAAGUAUGGCAAUCAUUCGGCAUUCUAUAGAACAAAUUAUCGGGACAAAAAGAAUCUCCCUCUCAUUUAUAUAUAUGAUUCCUACCUUGUUGAGAGUUACGAUUGGGCAUCAAUUUUAACCAAAAAUGGCAAAGAAAGCAUACGAAACACGGAACUUGAUUGUAUAUUUAUCGGACUUCUGGUAGAGCAUAUGCAUAGAGAUCAUGUAUUUGAAUCUGGUUUUGAUGGUUUUUACACAUAUUUUGCUACAAAUAUGUUUACAUACGGAAGUACUUGGAAAAACUGGCCUCUAUUGGCUCAGUUUGCCCAGUCAAAAGGUUUACUGUUUAUUCCGAGUAUUGGACCUGGGUACAUUGAUACAGAGGUCCGACCUUGGAAUGGUGGUAAUACACGCAAACGGCUUGAAGGGAAGUAUUACAAUGAGGCUUUUUCAAACGCCCUGAGCAUCGGUCCACAUAUGAUCUCAAUUACAUCAUUUAAUGAAUGGCACGAGGGUACUCAGAUAGAACCUGCUGUGAACAAAAAAAUAAAGGUCAGGAGGUAUGAGGACUAUGGAACCAAAGGACCAAAUUUUUAUCUAGAUUUAACAAAAACUUGGGUGAAUAAGAUGAUGCAAAAGUAGUUGUAGAUAAUGCCAUUAAAAAUGGUUUGUAAAAUAUUGUAAAAGUAGAUAUCUUUUUAAUGUUACAAUUUGUAUCUAUUGGAAACGCUGAUUUUUAUGUAGGAAUAUUUGUUUAUCUUUUUAUAUUUUUGGCUAUUGCCAAAAUUUUCUUUUUAUAUAUAAUAUUAUACCUGUAAUGUAGCAGCGAAUCUUGGGGAAAUGCUUGCAGAUUAUUUUCAGAGGACAAAAUCACUUUUAAUCACAAUUAUUGUCACACUGAAGUAAAUGAAAAAUGGUGUUUGUGACAUCAGAUGAAAAUAACUGAGUACCAAAUUGUUAUGAGGUUUUUAAUAUUAUAUUGAGUAUCUGUUGAUCCCUUUUAAUGCAUUAACAUCUUAUAUCGGAUGUCAAGGGAGGUAACAAUUGAACCAUGUAAUUGCAUUACAAUAAUAUGAAUGUUGAAUUUCAAGGGAGAUAACCAGUGAUCAUGCAAUUUAUAUUAAAUGUCGGGAAAGGUAUCAUUGCAUAAGAAUGCUUUAUUGAAUGUCAGGGGAGAUAACUAUUGACAUUACACUGCAUUGAUUUAAUAGAUAAAUUGAGAUAAAAGGAGAGCUAACUAAUUCUCAUUUUCAUUGAAUUACAUUGACAAAAUUUGCCAUUUGGUAGAUUUUUUUUUUUUUCACACAGACUAGUGCUAUGGUAGUGUUUGCAAGUCUCUUUUCAGGUCAUUCAAAAUGGCGAUCCUGAUACAAUUUUCAUUGUUGUAUAAAACUUGAUUGAUCAAUGAUCAUAUUAGGCUUAAAAUAAAAUUGCAUGAUUACAAUAUGUAAAAAAAGUGCAAAUUUUCAAAGUAAAUGAAAUUUAGUUUUGAAUAAAAUAUACAAAUUUAUUAAUAAAUAUGUACAGAUGACAAUAAAAAUUGGACCCUCUAGUGAGGACCAAAUCUAUGAUCAAGAUUAUUAUAUUGCCAUUGACACAAAUAACAUGAUAAAAUCUGUUCAGAGUAAAUUAUCCAGUGGCACCAAUGGUAAUUAAUGUUACCAGUGGUAUUUUAGUAAAGGUACAACUGGAAAACUCCAUAUGCACCCAUUGUAUGUUGAAUUUCAAGGGAGCUAACUAUUUAUCUCUAACUACAUUGACAUGACAUAUUGAAUGUCAGGGGUGUGGAAAGUAACCAUAGAUAAGCAUAGAUAGAGUAACAAUUUGUGAUACACAUUUAUUAGUCUGUGAUACAGUUAUAUUCAUUAUGUUAGACUUUGUCUUAUUGUAUGCACAUGUAUAUUUUGUCAGAUUAUUUAUUUUGGAAAAUGAUCUCUUAUAUACAAUAUAAGCAUUAAUUAACUAACUGGAACAGUCUUUAGCAUUUGCCACCAGUAUAGAGUCAGGCCAGCCUUUAUGCUGUUGGUAGCUCAAUUUUUAUAUUGAACUUUUGGACUGUUCUAAAUACAAAUCUUAGCAAAUCCAUUUGAGCAUGGUAAAAGUUUAUAUUGAUACUAUAUGCAUUUUUUCCUGAUAACAUUUGUUAUUCUUGUAUAAUUGAAUAUACUAUUGUUAUUUAUUAUAUCCUGUAAAAUAUUGUAGGGAACACUAACUAUAUUUAUACUUCCAUAUGUUUUAAAAACAUAGUACUACUUAAAACAAAUUUACAACUUAAUUUUUAGCUUGCAUUAUGGUUUAGAUCUGGGAACAUCUAUAGGUCCGUGUGGCUGAGCAGAAGUUGCCAACUUAAAAUCACUUGCCCCUGAUCUUACUGAGGAUUUUGCAUGUGAGGAAGUUAUUCAGCUAGCUUACAGAAGGUUUAUGGUUCUACUAGGUGCCAACUAAUGCUGUAAUGUGUACCUGAGGUAUUCCUCCACCAGUAAAGCAGGGAAGUCACCAUAUGACCUUAAUUAGCAGUCAGUUUACCUGGACACACAACACAACAUUGUAACAUCUGGGUCAACAGUUGGACCAGAAAGGUUUUUCAAUAUUUAAACUGAAAAAGAUAAAACUAAAGUUUGUUUUUUUAUAUUAGGCUAAUAAAAUGUAAAUAUCAAUUUAUAAGAUUCUGUGUUGCCAAGUUAUGGCCCUUAAAUUUUUUAACUUGUAUAAGUCUAUGAAAUAUAUAGGUGAGGGUUGUUCUUUAAGCAACGUUUCUAAAGCUGUCGAGAAUUAUUGACUUCAAAUACAAUCAUAUUGUCAGAAUUCUGUGAUUCAGCCAUAAUUAUUUUUUGUCUCAAAAUUGAAAACUUGCUUUUAUGACUUGUUGGACAUUGUUAUAAAUUAUUUAAAAUUAUUAUUAUUUUAAAGAGAGAUAUUAAAUUAUUUUUUUUAUAUUUUAUGUGCCUUGAAUUUUAUUUCAAUUAAUGCAUUGAAUACCUUUUAUGUACAUGUAAAUUUAUUUCCAAUAAAUAAUGUGAAACAAUAGUACAUGUAUUAGUUUGUUAAUCGAUAUGUAAUUUUAUUGUUAAGCACAAAGAAAUGCCGAGUGCAGACAUAUUUUUUUAAUUUUAAGAUUUAAUGCACAAUUUAAGCAAAUAAACCCUAUUUUACUCUUUUUGGGAACUGGUAUUUUGUUUUAAAUUUUUAUUUGUCUGCUGCUUAUUACAAGAGUUUUUCAUUUCAGACAGUCUAUAUUUUUGGUAUGUGAUAAAAAGAAUAUUUAAAUUUGUGGAAGUUCAUUACUGAAUUUAUUGAACUCGUCCAGGAAAUUCAGUAUUAAACUUACACUCAUUCAAUAUCCUCUAUGUAUGAAUCUUUCACAAGCUAUAAUUAUAUUGUUUUAAUAAUAUAUUGUUUGUUCAAGAAUUCUCAAUAGUUUUGGGGUUGCUUUUUACGAUAAAUCUAAUGUUUUACCAUCUUGUAAAGGAUAAUACAUGAUUUAUGGAGAAUAAAAAGGAAAUAAUAUGGUAAAA